CAAUACGGCCCCUACCUCAAAAUCCUAAUAUCAGCCCACCUUCCUCCUCCUUGUCUCGAGGAAAUUGUUUCCAACUUCCAAUAUUCAGGUGUCGGCACUUCGACCAUUGCACCACUCCACCAUUUUCCACUCUCAUUAUUUAGAUUAACAAUAACAACGACAACACUUCCUACUUCCUCACUUUCUCUCUCCUCCCAAUUCCCCCAAAUUUCAUCAUCAAUCACACCCCACCCUUUCUUCAAUCACCAUAAACCCUAGAAAAUGUCGCAAUCCAAUCCCAUCAAUCAUUCAUCCUCCCACUUCUACUGCUAACAAAUUCAACCAGAGAAAAUCAACAAUUAGCAUCCAAAAUGGCGAAACCAAUUUCAUCUUCUUCAUCGUUUCAUCUGCAAUCUCUAAAGAAGAAGACAUGGUUGUUAACGAUCUUAGCUCUGUUUUCGAUUUCUACCCUAAUUGUAUUGCUUUUUCGAGCUAGUUUUUCUCCUUCUUGUGAUGAUCGAUUGUUGUAUGGAGGUAAGGAUGAGCAGAUCCUUCAUUCAUCUUCUUCGUCGUCGUCGUCGUCGUUAUCGCCGCGUUCGAGUCCGCUUUACUUUAUGAAGUCUAAGCUCGUUCUCUUGGUUUCGCAUCAACUCUCGCUUUCUGGUGGACCACUGUUGCUGAUGGAGUUGGCAUUUCUGUUGAGAGGUGUUGGUGCUGAAGUCGUGUGGAUUACUUAUCAAAAACCAGCUGAACCAGAUGAGGUUGUAUACAGUUUGGAAAAUAAAAUGCUGGACAGAGGAGUACAGAUUCUCCAUGCAAAGGGCCAAAAGACUAUUGAUACUGCUCUGAAAGCUGAUCUAGUUGUAUUAAAUACUGCUGUUGCUGGGAAAUGGCUGGACGCUGUGCUAAAGGAUAAUGUUUCUCGUGUUCUUCCAAAGAUAUUGUGGUGGAUUCAUGAAAUGCGAGGACAUUAUUUCACUUUGGAGUAUGUGAAGCAUCUACCAUUUGUGGCAGCUGCUAUGAUUGAUUCUCACACCACGGCAGAAUAUUGGAAAAACAGAACUAAAGAACGUUUGGGUAUAAAGAUGCCAGACACAUUUGUCGUGCACCUUGGAAACAGCAAGGACCUUAUGGAAGUUGCUGAGAAUAGUGUGGCCAAGAGAGUUUUACGUGAGCAUGUCCGAGCAAACCUUGGAGUACAGAAUGAGGAUUUGCUCUUUGCUAUUAUAAAUAGUGUAUCUCGUGGAAAAGGUCAGGAUCUAUUUCUGCGUGCUUUCCAGGAAAGCCUGCAGAUUAUUACAGAAAAGAAGUUGCAGGUGCCUCCUCUGCACGCAGUAGUAGUAGGAAGUGAUAUAAGUGCGCAAACUAAAUUUGAAACAGAGCUCCGUAGCUUUGUUGCAGAGAAAAAGAUUCAGAAUCGUGUUCACUUCAUAAAUAAGACCCUGACUGUAGCUCCGUAUCUUGCCGCAAUUGAUGUUCUUGUCCAAAACUCACAGGCUCGUGGAGAAUGUUUUGGGAGGAUAACCAUUGAGGCUAUGGCCUUCCAGCUUCCUGUUCUGGGAACAGCUGCUGGAGGCACCAUGGAAAUAGUUGUGAAUGAGACAACGGGUUUGUUGCAUCCUGCCGGGAAAGAAGGUGUCACCCCUCUGGCGAGGAACAUUGUGAAAUUAGCAACACAUGUUGAGAGGAGGCUGACCAUGGGAUGGAAAGGCUAUGUAAGGGUGAAAGAGAGGUUUCUUGAGCACCAUAUGGCAGAUCGAAUAGCACAUGUCCUAAAAGAAGUAUUAAGGAAAGCCAAGAACAGCGCUUGAUUUGCCAACCUCGACUGACAUAUGGUCCCUAUUCGACGGCCAUUUUUGUGUUCAAAGGAGGACCAAACCUCCUCGAAAAGUUUGUACAAUUCUUAGGCGGAAAAGCUAUUUUAACACAUAGGGGAGAGUAGAAGCGGAUUUUACAAAUCACAGGUGUAUGUAUAUGUUGAAUCCUUGCAGUGAAAUUAGUCAUUCUUGUUGCAAAAAUGUUUGUAGCAUCUUCUUCAGAAAUUUCAAAUAUAUUAAAAAAUGUGUGUGUGUGCGUGUGUGUAUUUUUUUUUUUUUUUUUCCUCUUUUACUUUUUUUAAUACAUUUGUGAGAUUUACUAAACUUUUUUAAGGAAAGAGUAGAAUUUUUCUAAUUUUUUCAAGAAUGUUACUACUCUUCUCCUAUACCAUUAUUAGGAAGUAGGAACUUUAUUUUGGUGAAUUUGUAAGAGCAAUUCCAAUUGUAAGCUAAUUGUUAAAUUAGCUAGUUAUGCCAUAUAUGAUUUUAAGCUAA